UGGUGGCUCAAAGGCUUGUUGCCUGAAUUUUUGGCGGCCAGAAUCGGUAGUGAUUUGAUCUAUGAGGUUGAUUCCAACACUAUAGAGAAAAGAGGCAAUAGAACCAAGGUUUAUAAGGACUACUACAUUUUGUUCUACGAUUUAAGUUCAAUAACAUUUGAGUUGGAAUACGAAUUAGAAGACCCCAGAACCAGUGUCAAGUUCACCAAUUAUUUCACAAAAGGCAUACCUAUCAUCCGCAAAGACUUGUUGGAUAAAUACUAUAAGACGUAUGGGUCGGCAAUAUUGAACUCAGUCAGUGCCAAUAGUGGUGUAGGUACCAAGAGCAUCAUAGACCACAUAUUCAAGCAUCUCGACAAGAGUGCGUUGCCUCCCAUCGGAAACAAAUCGUUUGGGGUGACCGUCUACAGAAGCUCAAACAACCACAGCAUUUCCAAGGUUGACGAUGUCAGACCUGGUGAUAUUCUAUGUAUCAAGAACGGUAAGUUUUUGGUACACAAAGGCUUGGGCAGCAAAACUGUUAUUGUGGGAGAUGAACAGAUUUUUGCCAGCGUGAUCUAUGAGUAUGACAGCAAAAAGGACAAGUUCAAAGUGGUUGAAGUGUCCAAUGGCCAGUUGAAGAGGGAAACUUACAAGAUGAGUGAGAUGAAGAGCGGGCAAGUCCGGGUAUUUAGAGUUGUGGGCAGGGACUACGUUGACUGGUGA